CGGAAGUCCGGUCGGGUCGCACCUGAUCAGCUUCUUCAGCGCUGCUCUGCUCAAAUGCGGACAAACGAGUGCACCGAGCGGUCAAUGAGUACACUUUGCUGAAAAUGACGGAAGCGAAUGUCACCAGUGUUGUGCCAAAUGAUGAAGGAAAGGAAAAGUUUAAGAAAAGUGAACAUGUUGCUUUCUACAGACGGCAGAUACAGGGCCCAAACAGACUGUACCGGGCCCUUUUGGACUCUCUGGUGCUCAAUGUAAAUGGAGCUCAGUUUGAACUGCUGGAGACUGACAUUCAGACCAAGCUGCUCUUAAUUCUGUCGCCUUGUAAAAACGACACCAUAAGGAUAUUGAUAGAUGAACUUGUACCGAUUAAGGCUCGCUACAGAGUUAAAGAUGUGAUCACAGCUGAGCCACAGUCUGAGAGGGUGAGGGUGGAAAAACAGACUAAAGACUCAGUCAUACUCUCCUGGUCGACUGGACGUUAUCAGGCCCGCAUUUGGUGUUUUCCGUUCCACAUAGAGAUCCUGUGUGAAGAUGAAGUGAUUGCAACUUUUAACCCAAAAAAUAAACUCUGGUUUGAGACACUGCAGGAUCCUAAAAGGGCAGCGUCUAACACAACAGAGGAAGAUGGCAAUGCAUUAUGGAAAGAGACCUUUAGACAGUUUGUGGAUUACAAGACUAAUGGUCCCAGUAGUGUUGGAGCAGAUCUGCGACUUCAUGGUUUCAGUCAUGUUUUUGGUCUCCCUGAACAUGCUGACCGAUUGCAGCUCAGAGACACCAGAGACGAUGAACCCUACCGGCUGUAUAACCUGGACGUCUUUGCGUAUGCCCUGAACUCUCCUUUUGGCCUUUAUGGCUCUGUCCCCUUUGUGUUGGCCCACUCCUCAAACAGGACACUGGGAGCAUUUUGGCUGAAUGCUUCAGAAACAUUUGUUAAUAUUCAUUACAGCAUUACAUCGACUGAUAAGGAUGAGUCAAUCCCCCCAGUGAAGAAGAGGCGCACUCAGCCCCACACAGACCUCCACUGGCUCUCUGAGAGUGGGGUCAUCGACUGCAGGAUUUUACUCGGGCCUCAACCAAAACAUAUCUUUUCACAGUAUGCCCAACUAACAGGAUACCAGUCACUGCCCCCUCUGUUUGCUCUCGGGUACCAUCAGUGCCGCUGGAAUUACGACGAUGAGGCUGAUGUUAAAUAUGUAGACGCUGGAUUUGACCUCCAUAACAUCCCAUACGACGUUAUCUGGUUGGACAUCGAACACACAGACGGGAAACGCUACUUCACCUGGGACCCUGUACAUUUCCCCAAACCUAUAGAACUACAGCGCCACCUACAGAGGAAGAAGAGGAAGUUGGUCGUUAUAAGUGACCCUCACAUCAAACUAGACCCUGAUUGGCCUCUGUUCCAUGAAGCUCUGGGAAGUGGACACUUCGUUAAAGACAGAGGGGGGCAGAUCUUUAAGGGCUCCUGCUGGCCAGGUGAAUCCUGUUACUUGGAUUUCAGUAACCCAGCCACACGAGCAUGGUACUCCAGGUGCUUUUCUCUCAAUAACUUUCAGGGUUCGACGUCCUCAUUGUUUGUGUGGAAUGAUAUGAAUGAACCAUCUGUGUUUGAUGGACCUGAGCAGACGAUGCCUAAAGACGCAGUGCACUCUGGAGGCUGGGAGCACAGAGACCUACACAACCUGUAUGGCUUCUAUCAACAAAUGGCUACUGCUGAGGGCCUGUUAACUCGGUCUGGUGGACAACAUAGGCCAUUUGUGCUGUCACGCUCCUUCUUUGCUGGGUCACAGAGAUUUGGUGCAAUAUGGACAGGGGACAAUGUGGCUACUUGGGAUUAUCUGAAGAUCUCAAUACCGAUGGUGUUGUCCUUAAGUGUGGCAGGCAUCACAUUUUGUGGAGCGGAUGUGGGUGGUUUUGUCCAGGAUCCUGAUCCUGAGUUACUGGUCCGAUGGUACCAGGCCGGUGCACUCACCCCGUUUUUCCGAGGACAUUCUGCCAAAGAAACAAAUCGGCGCGAGCCCUGGCUUUUUGGGGAAGAAGUCACUGCUGCAGUUCGCAACACUAUCCAGCAGAGAUAUCAACUCCUACCAUAUUGGUACACAUUGUUUUACUGGGCUCACACAAUGGGACAACCUCCUCUCAGACCUCUUUGGGUGGAGUUCCCAGCAGAAGAGGACACCUUCACCAUGGACAAUGAAUACAUGAUUGGUGGUGCUCUCUUGGCCUGUCCCAUCACUGACCCUGGUGUGCAACAAGUCCAGGUCCUAUUGCCUAGUUCUGAAGAGAUCUGGUAUGAUGUCCAAUCACUAAAAGUGCACAAAGGAGGCAGGACUGUUAUACUGCCUGUCACCAUGGACACUGUGCCUGUGUUUCAGCGUGGAGGGACGAUUAUUUGCAGGUCGACAGGCAGUGGUUCAUGCUCAGAGGACUUCCAGAAAUUACCACUCUCCUUGACUGUGGCGCUAAACUCUCAGGAAUUUGCUGAAGGAAAUCUGUUUCUGGACGAUGGUUAUUCAUUUAGGUACCAUGACACAAAGGCCUUCUCUCUACACAGCUUCAAGAUGGAUUCUGGUCGACUCUGCUCCCGUCCUUUUAGUGAAGAAGGAUCAUUUGAUUCUAACACGGUUAUACAGUCGAUUACUAUUAUAGGGCUGAAGAGAAAACCAUCUUCUGUGGUUGUGAACGUCUCAGGUAUUGAGGAGAGACAUGCAUUUGAAUUUGCUGAGAGCUGCUGUGUUUUGACCCUGGACAACCUAAACCUCAAAGUGGUGAAAAACUGGGACAUACACAUAGGUCCACACUGAUGCAUCACUUGAAUAUGUACUUGAAUAAUGUAUGUAAACUUAAACUUAGUAUGUAAACUUAAACUUAGUUUUAUUAAUGAAAUUAGUAUUUAAUGAGGUAUAUCAGCACUGUUUUAAUUAGAAAUAAGUAGUCCACAUAAUUUUAGCAGUGUUCAGUAUUAUCUCUUGUGAGUGACCUGACCUUUUCCUAAAUGGUUAACCAAAGGGAAACAUCUAGACUCAAAAUAAGCUUUUGUCAAUGACACUAGAAGAAACUGUGAUCGUGUUUUUGAACAGCUAAUUCUGUCUGAAAUAGACAUAAAUCAGGUAUUUUGUUUUGUUUGUAGAAUCAUUAUGAAACACCUCUAUAGACGUUUUAUCAUCAGGUUGCAUUUAGUCCUAAAACUAAAUUUGUAAUGAUUGAAUACAUGUUUAAUAGGAUAUAGACUUAAGUGCUAUUUAAUGAAGUAUGUGGGUUAUUGAUCCUUAGAUCACAAAUUGAAUGUCAUUUGCUUUAUUAUUGUCAAAAUGAAUUUUAUUAAUGAUUUUAUUAGAUUAUUAUGUGACCUAUACUGCCUCUUGUUUGUACGCCAUUAUGUCUAAUAAUUUAUUUAAUUAAAAGCGUUUUUAAUUU